ACCGCCGCCUACGUUCAAGUCGAAUUCAACAUUGACCGUCGUCGGACGGGCCUCGUCGCCGGGGCGAAACCUGUCUCGCGUGCACGCGUCGCCGAUCGUGACGGACUAUGACGGUAACGGGCAUCAAGGCCCAUGCGAACGCUAUAAUGUGCUGGCGCGUUACGGUGAACCUUGUUAUGUGAACGUCCUGCGACAGGGACCCGGCUGUUCCUCGUACAAGCUAGUAUGAGCAUAUCCCAGGACAGCGCCGCCACGAUCGUCUGCAGGGAGGUCUUCGACGAGACGUCGCAUCCGUCGAACGAAGAGGUGCUCGACUAUGCGAGGCACUUGGGAAUUGACCCCGAUGCGGAGCCGCACCUCAUGGACCUGGCCCGGGAAGGCCUCAUGGCGGCCUUGCCGAAGGGUUGGCGGCCAUGCCUCGUGGAGUCGACUGGAGCUUGGUACUACUACCAGACUUCCACCGGAACCACCACCUGGGAGCACCCGUUGGACGCCGUGUACAAAGAACUGGUCGAGCAGGCCAGGGCAGGCAACGCCAGGCAAAUGAGCGUCGAAGAGGAUUCGAAGACAACGGCCAAGGAACUAGAGUCGCACGAGGAGGCGACGUUGCCCAAAGAAGCGUCCUCUUCCAAGGACCCGACUAAGUGCUCCAGCAAGAUCAGCUUGCCGCCGACCAGGAUCCCCACGAAAUUGACACCGCUGAAAAAGCCGGAGAAAUUGGAAGGUGCGCGAAGGAAGGAGAGCCUGACCCAAGAGAAGCCGCUUAAGCUGCAAAUUGACAAGCCGGACACCCCGUUGGCGAACGACAGGGCCGCCAGAGACUACACCAACCUGAAGUUCCAGGACCCUAUGUUCUACGAAUGCCCGAAGCUUCUGGAGAACGUCGCGUCCCCGUCGGCGUCGACGGUGUCCGCCACGCCCUCCGCGAAGGAGCUGGACUUGAAAGAGGUUCUGAAGAGGUCCGAGUCCCUGAGCCCGAGGAACGAGAAGUGGGAACAGCUGUCCUGCAAGUUCAGCCCCGAGGAGAGUAUCAUCGACAUCGACAAACUCAGCGCUUCCACGUUGUUCAAGUCGGAGAAGACGGAGAAGUUCGACAAAGAGAAACACCCGAGCCAGUUCGGCCAGCAGAAGGAGCUCACGUUGAGUGGCGGGGGCACGAUGUUUCUGAAGAGCAACAGGAGCAGAGAUAAUACGCCCAGUCAAGAGGCUGCUAAGCUCGACGACUUCCGGGCCGUCACGAUCAGCGACGACACCACCACCGUUGGGGGAGACAGGCUUAAGUCCAUUCUCAGGGAGAAGCAGUCGGAGGAUGAUUCAGAAGAUCCAGACUAUUCAUCGUUAUCAAAAGAGUCCUCCGGCCAUUAUGACAGACCAGCUGACGAGGAGCGUAAAAGCGUCCGAUUCGACAUAUCGAAGGAGAUGGACAUCAAGUUCAUGUAUUUGGAGGAGGACUGGGACUCGGAAUCGGAGGAGCAGAACGUCCGGAUAUCCGCGGUGGUGACGAACAAGCUCACCGGCUCGGUUCUGUCCGCGGAAAGCUCCGACGGGCAAAGCUUCGACGACAAAGAGGACCCCGAGAACCGAGAGGACUCGGAGAGCAAGCCUGACGAGGACACCGGGAAGAGUUCGUCGUCGGACAAGCCGGAGCCGUCGACGAAGAACGCGAAGAUCGUCGGCAAGAGGUUCGUCGUUCAGAACGUCUCCGAGAACGAGCAUCGUGAUCAGAUGGCCAGGGAAAGCCUGUCGAGGGACAGCAUGUCCAUCGAGAGCAGCCUGGACUACCAGCCGAACAAGAUCGACAACGUGAAGAACGUACGGCGGAAGAGCAAGCCGAAGAAGCCGGCGAUCAGGUUCUCGAAAGAGAGGCAGACCGACGACGACGACACGUCGGACAUGUCGAAGGUGCAUCAGGAUCUGGAUUUCCCGGGGCAGGAGAGCGGCGGCCUGAAGAGUUACGAGGAGACGAAGGCGCAGCUGAUGAAGGAGCACGAGGAGGACAUCGAAAUGCUGAAGAAAGAGUACGAAGAGAAGCUGGAGAAGACGAGAUGGGACCUCGAGGAGGACUUCGCGGCGCAGAAGGAGCUCUUGGAGAAGAAUAUGAACGAUAGGUUGGAGCAGCUGAGGAUCGAUAUUGCUCAGAAGGAGGAACGGGAGAUUCAGAAGCUGAUCGCUGAGAUGGACGAGGCGAGGCUGGAGAACCUAAAGAAAGUGAAGGCCGAGUUGGAGGUCUGCUACGAGAAGGAGAGGCAAGAGAUUCUGACGAACUUGAAGAUUGAACUGGACGAAAGGAAGAAGGAGCUGCUGGAGCUGAGGAACCAGGAGAUGGGCAAGCUGGAGGACGAGCACGAGCGCGACCUGGGCGAGGAGAAGCUCGCCAAGCUCAGCGAGAUAGAGCUGACGAAACAGCACAACGAGAGAAUCGAGACGUUGAAGAAGGAGCUGGAGAAAGAGUUCGACGAGGUGCGCGCCGAGCUCUGGGUACGGCAGAGGGAGAAAAUCACGAAAAUUACGGAGGAUCACGAGAAGUGCCUAGAGGAUAUUCUGCGUAAUUUCCGGAUCGACGAGACCGUAGCCCAGCAGCAGAUCUACAAGCAGCGUUUAGGGGAUAUCUGGCCGGGCAGGUCCGUGGAGAUCAAGGCGAGGAAACUGGCCGAGCAACGGUCCUUCCAGCAGGAGAGCGUCGACAUCGAGAAGAUGAGGUCCGAGAACCGUCUGAUGCAGGACAAGUAUACGGCGCUCCGGGAAAAGUACAAGAAGCUGAAGAACGACGUUCGCCUGGCCGUCGAGAGGAGGAGCUGGAGGAAGGCGGAGUACAACACGACCUCCGAGACCGAGAAGUCGACGUCCACCAGGACCAGGACCGAUAUAACCGAGUCGUCGGAACAAAAUACCCCGGUGAGGAACACGCGGUCUAGCUCUGCGACGCGAAACGGAAAGCCGCCGGAGGCUCGGUCCGCGGCCGAUCAGUCCGAGGAUCAGCCGGAAGCGGACGCCUCCAGCUCGCAGAAGACGACCGCCCCGGGCUGCCAGAAGACGGCCGCCGGAACGAACUCGAAGACCGCCGCGAAAUUCGAGUCCGACGACACGACCACCACCGCCAGCGAGACGAACGCGAACAUGAUGAUGAUCAGGAAGAAGAAGAGCCUCGGCAAGAGAACGGCCAGCGCAGUCAGGGUCAGCUCGAGCGCCGCCAACAACAGCAACAACAACAACAACAAUCCCGAGAAUCCGGUCGAGAAUAUCAGGAAGCAGCUAGAGAAGCUCGAAGAUCUCGGUGAUCAGCUUCCUAGCAAUGAAACGGCCUACACCUUGCGAUAUCCUUUCCAAGACAAAGCUCCGGCGAACGCCUCUUCGGAGUUGGAAUUCUUCCGGCACCGAAUCCACGUCGAGAGAGACUCCGUGAGGAGGGCACAGGAGGCGUUACGAGACCAGGAGACCGCUUUUCAGAGACGACAGAGAGCUUGGAAGCAAAGCAGCGCACGGGCCACCCUAGAACAAUUAGUUCAGGAAGAACGCGAGCUAUCAGAUGUGGAAGUGAGUUUGCACCGUACGAAAAGCCUACUCGGGGAGAAGGUGAUACAUUUGAGACACUUAGAGCAAACUCUGGAGAGAGUUGCCAGCGCAAGACGGAACGAGAACGACGCGAGUUCUACAAGAAACGACGAAUUAACUUUGAGCGAUAUGUCUAGCGCGAGCAGCGGCUUCAGCUCCACUGAUGUGGGAACGGAUCCGUUUAUAGACAAACCGGAUCACUACCAGGAGUCGACGGAAAUCAUCGCAAGCCUGGAAAACCUAAAUUCGGAAAUACGUGAGAUCUGGGGCGUCCUAAGCAAACGGCAGGACAGUAACGUGCCACCGCCCCCAACUCUGAUGUACUCUUAUUUGCGAUGGCUACGGUUUCAUCAUCUCGCCGCGCAGCCGAAUAAUGUUCAAGGAACAUUUGGUACUCCGAAUAUACAGUCGAACAUCUUAUCCCAACUGACAGCUGCGCAACCACCGGCCGCCACCACGCAAAACAUGAUCGCCCAAUACGGUCCUAACAGUGGUUUCACGACCAGCGUCGGCACCGUCGAGAAGACCACCUCGAACCUGAUGGAACGAACAUGGAACCUGAGGGACUGGUUACGGCAAGCUCGCGUCGAGAACACCGACCUGAUCACACCGGGACAGGCGACCCUCUGAGGAGGACGCGCUCGUCGUCCGCUAAAAUGCAAAAAUUCGUUUCCAAAUGUCAACCGGCACGCGAAAUGAUAUUAUGUCCUACGCGCAUCGGGGAUGCGAACUGAAACCCCAUCGAGCUGUUUCGUGUAUACCAAAUAGUCUGUGUGAUUUCGCGACGAAGUUAGAUCACUUUGGGAGUUCUUUAAUACGACGUUGAUCAACGUAGAGAUCGAAUUCAUUAGACGUAAGAAAGUUGGAACGCCUAUCAUCAUAGUCCGUCGGGAUUUGUGCAAGGAUUUCGUUCCCGAUCGCUGGACCGAGGAUCUUUAUGCAUUCACGUGUCGCCAAGAAAGAUAACUUCGACGUGAGAAACCGCGGAAAGAUCCACGGUCCAGCGAUUAUUAUCGAUCGCGACAUUCCCAUCACUGUUUUCAGUAGUUUUAGUCGAGAUUAAUCGUUUAGUUGAAUACUGCGAGGAGAUUUAGUCGCCCGUUUUGUUGACGUAGAAUCGUGCAUGUCCUCGAAACUAGUCGCACAGUGUCAUAUUCGAUUUAAUUGUGCCGGGUGUUCGAUGAGCAGUGACAGUUUGUCGUCAAACAUUCGUUUCUCCAUCGAUUUUAUCCACGGAUUCGAAUCCUUUUUUGGAAAGAUCGCGAGACAGUUUUUAACCCCAUCUUUCCAAUCGUUAAAUCAGUUGACGUUUGUCUUACGCUUCUCUUAACGGACAUACUUUCGCUGCUCUUUGGACACCGGCAUCUCGUGUUCCGUACGUUCCUAAUCUAGUUAUUUAUUUCACGGAAUGCCUCGGCGUGAAUUACUGACCAAAUCAGCAUCGUGUCAUUUGGAAGCGAGUUUCCUGUCGAUCGUCGUUAGAAUAAGUCUCAAAAUCGUGCUCGUUCCGGCCUAGGCCGGUCUGAAAAGCCUCACAUCCGCUUGUUCCUAACGAGUUCUGUUCAUCUCUUCGCUGAAUCAGCAAUCAAGACUGGCAACGUGCGCAUAGAAUCGCCAUGAUUCCCGUACGGCUACAUAGCGUACCUCGAAAGAAUCUCUGUAAGAGCCGAGCAGCUCGAACGAUAUACCACGAAAUAAUACCGUUUCGUGUGAAGUUCGUUUCGCCCGUGAAGCAAAAGCGUCUCACUGAAGAAUGAUGAAUGAGAAGCCACUGGAUUCGCCAAGUUUGAAUGUGGACGAAGGAACAAGACGUGCGUGCGAGUGAUUUCCGCGUGAAAUGUAUAGUUUGACCGACCGAGACGGGAAUUAUGAUAAACGGGAGUGGCCCGAACCGCGGGCCACGCCUCCUCGCCGCGUCGCGCUGUGUUGUUGGCUGCAGCUACUGACGCUGAACAGUAACGUUUAGCAGUGAUUUAUUAACCUGACCGAUCAGACUUUAUUUAUAAUUUCGUUUUAAAUAAGCUAUAUACUUUUUAGAGAUUUCUUGAUCUCGUUCUAGGAUUCUUAGGAAACUUUUCUUUCAGCAGCAACGCGACCUGUAAAUUUGUUCUUUGUUGCAGUUGAGAUGUGUUUACUCUGGUGACAAAAUAUUCAGAAAAAUUCGAUCAUCCGUUUCCUGUUUGAGAAACUGCGCGCUACAGUGAUUCGGUGUUUACAGUGAUGAGACAUAAUUAUCUGAAUACGAACAAGAGAGAGAGAAACAAAAUUAUUAACAAACCGACGAUUGUGUCUAUUUCGGCACAUAGACACUUUUUAAUCGAAGACUUUAUUUUCUUUGUUUACUGACGCUCGAACGACGGACUCGGGGUCCAUUCGGACCCGGAGUGGAAAAAAUUGAUAAUUGAAUGUCAGAUUCUCGCGUGUUUCGUCAAUGCCUAUAGAAAAACUAACGUAUCUAGAAGAAAUACCGUGAAAAAUAUGUUGAACAAAAAUUGAUAAAUAAAAAGAUAAACGAUCGUAAGUAUCCCUAGUUAUAUUUUACCAGAAAGGUCCGCCGUUCAAGGGUUGAAUAAAUAGCGCGGUGGGUACAUCUUAGUUGUGACAAGUAGAUUGUGGAUUUUACGUAGUCAUGAUGAAAAUGACUAGGUGAAAUUCCAAGCAGUGAAGACAUUAACCUCUUGCCAUAUUUUAAUGUACCUGACUCGCGAAGGGGAUGUUUCGUAACGUCUUGUUAAAUAUAGACGUUAUUCAGUUUUUCUCAAGCCGGAAUAAAAUUCUGUUCCAUUGCAAUCAAUAUUUAAGCAUGCGCGUAAAUAUAGACACACACAAUGAAUAUUAAUUUUCUCUGCUCUUAAUGUAAGAAAAUCCUUACAUUCGUAGCCGUUCAAAUCAGCGUAACUGUGAAGAAAAUGGUACGGCAAGGGGUUAAAUGAACUUAGGGACAUUCGUACGUUUUAAAGAGGAAACAGUCUUUUUUAUUAAAAUCAAACAAUCGAUCACGAAAAUUUGCGUCUGAAAAAAAUAUUCUCACGAACAACUUCCGCAAGCGUUUUCACCGUUUGAAGGAAAGUCGACGAGCUUGAUUUCAAGGCUGUUGAUUGCCGAUAUUUUCAGCAGUGCCGUAUUCGGUCGGCCACACUACGGGAACCUUCGGGCUUGUUCUUUUGUAAAUAAGAAUUCCUCGGUGCCCGCACGUCUCGGUACGGUCCGCUGGUUCCUCCUCCCGACCGUCUGUCGAUCCUUAACAUAUAUUUUCGAGAACGAUUUUUUCCCGCGAGCGUGAGGCGACUGUAAUUGUACGUAUCUCUAAUUAACCUAUACGCUCUAACUACGAUAUAUACGUAUAACCGACUACGAAUCGUUUUACGUAAAUGUUGAUCGACCCGGCGCGGGCUCUUCGACGACCGGGAAGCGUCGGCCGCGGUCCGGCCCUCUCCCCUACGUUUCCCCGAGCGCGGAAUGUGAUCGCAGCCAAUCAAAAUUACUUUGUAAAGAGACUCGCAAGACUUUGGAGGGGGCCGCGGGAUAUUAUAACGAAGCUUCGGGAUCCGGUCGCUUCCCGAGCCUCGAAGUUCGGCCGCGCGCGAAACCUCGCCCCGUUUCGCCCCCGACACGUGUCUCUCGAUUGCCAAAGUUUCGUAAUUAUCGACACUCUUAAUCAUAAUCACACACGCGUACUACUACGAUGAUAUUUACAGGGACAGUAGAGGCGGUGUAAUUGCCAAACGCGUUUCUGGCACGGCCCGACAAACCCAGAGGCGGUUCAAUUUACAGCAAUGUCUCUCUAGUUGACGCUCGGAUU